AUGCAAAGUGUAGAAGAAGAGGCGCCGAGAGCUCAAGCUGGAAUGGUUCUUGGAAUAAAGAAGGGAAAGAAAGGGACGGCUACAACGGAAGCGCCACCACCAGCCAAGAAAAAAGGAGCUGACGGAUCCAGAAGAAUCAAGAAGGAGAAGAAGAAGGUGGAAGAGGCAGAUCCGACGAACAAGACCAAUAUGACUCCAGCACCUCCGCAAGCUCAUCCGAUCGUUCAGGAGUGGGUACUUCGUGCGUUGGAUUUUGGAGUGGAGAAGCUUCGAGAGGAAUUUCGGGGUCUCGCAAAAUACGUUCGCAGUGAUAUGACCCAAAACGUCUUCAAUUCUAACCAUUCUACCGAUAUCAACAUCACCAAAAAUCGCACUCGGAUUUCAGCUACCAAGAUGUUCCAUGCCAAGAUCAAUGCAUUGUCAAAUUGGAGCCCCCAUCUCCAAGUACUUACAUCCAUGCCAACUACGUCGGAUGUCCAAUGUAUCCCGAGAAACGAUUCAUCUGUUGUCAAGAAUAAGGUGGAGCAGAUCGUGAUGCUUUGCAAGACAGUGGAGACUGGAAAACUGAAAUGUGCUCAGUAUUGGCCGGGUGCUCAGGGAGAGAAGAAAGAAUUCAAAUCGGGUGUUGUUGUGGAGAACAUGUCGGGAACAAAAACUGGAACUAUUGUGGCAAUCGAGUAUAUUCUUGAAAAAAUCGCCGAGAAUAAACAGUGCCCUCCGAUGCCGGAUCUUGUCAAACAACUCCGCGAUCAGCGUGCCUACUCGAUUCAAAACGAUCUUCAGUACUUGUACAUUCAUCGCGUGAUGCUCAACUACUUUUUGGAUAAGUACAAGGAGAAGUAUGCGUCUCUUCUGACGAGAACGUUGCAAAGUACGAGAAGUUUGUCAAGGACUACAACACAGCAGUUGGACAGUGAUCUAUUUUUUUCUUUUACCUCCUGA